AUGGCACCCUCAGUUGCAGACGUAUUACCAAGCACAUCUGAGUUGAAGGAGAAGGCGGAGCAAAAGCUCAACCGGGCAUACGACACAGCUCAACACUCCGCAUACAAGUACACUAGUUAUUUGCCAGUAUACGAUGAGACGACUACAUUCCCACCAACCGAGCCCUUCGAGUUUGCUGAUAAGGGUCUCCUGGCAGACAAAGCCAAACCUCAUCUUCUCGGACUGAAUGACCCCAACGUGGUUAUUACAAAGCUGACCCCUCGAGUCGGCACGGAGAUUACCGGUCUUCAGCUUUCUGAAUUGACAGAUGAACAGAAGAAUGAGCUGGCCUUGUUGAUUGCCGAGAGGGGUGUUGUAGUGUUUCGAGGACAGAACUUCAAGGAUAUUGGCGUGGAGAAGCAGAAGGAGUUCGGCCGGUACUUCGGUCGCCUACAUGUUCACCCCGUUGGAGCUCACGUUGAGGGCGCCAUCGAGUUCCACAACAUCUACCUCGGACCGGAUAACCUCUACCGGAAUCAGCGCCAAACCGAGAAACUAACUACCACUGGAUACCACUCGGAUGUUUCGUAUGAACACCAGCCUCCGGGAAUCACGCUUCUCACCCUGCUCGCAGUGCCAUCCACGGGUGGUGAUACGGCAUGGACCUCCCAAGUCGCGGCGUACGAACGGCUCUCGGAGCCGCUGAAGACGUUUCUGGAGGGCUUGCGCGCCGAACACAGCGGAUUUCCACAGGCUGAAAAUGCCCGUCGUGACAAACACUUCGUAAGGCGGGAGCCCGUCAGAUCCUAUCAUCCCAUAGUUCGAGUACACCCAGUUACCGGCCAGAAGGCGCUCUUCGUGAACCCGGGCUUCACGAAGAAGAUCGUAGGGUUGAAGACCGAGGAGUCCGACGCCAUUCUAAAGUUGCUCUUCAAACAUAUUUCACAGAGUGCCGACGUCCAAGUCCGCGUGAAAUGGGACGACGAGACGGUGUCGGUCUGGGAUAACAGGGUCACGGCUCACACUGCGAUAUCGGAUUACGACGUGCACAAUGAGGAAGAAGGAUUGCGCCACGGCUUCCGCAUCACGACCCUCGGCGAACGCCCCGUCGGAGUUAACGGCCUAGAAACCGUUUGGUAAGCACGUUUUUGUAGCUCGGUUCGUGAGUUGGUUAUAUUUGAUGAGAGUGGUUGAAUAAUUUAUGAGACAUAUAUUAUUCUAUAUAAUACCAUCUAGAAGUAAUAUUUUCCUUCUUUUUCUCUCCCAUAUUGUGUCCAACCAAAAAGUACCUCCUAUUGCUAGGUCGGCCAUGCUUCUAGAUCCCCGGGCGCGGAUACGAGACACGUAUCCGACCUGCUGACUCAUCAUGACCGUGCGUAAACCAUUCGCUCUUCAUGCUGUUCUAUUUAUAUGAUCCGAUUACUACCCCAGUCUAUCUUUUUACCCAACGCCCGAACCGAGCCCUCUUCCCAACAUUCUAAUUUGGCCUCGCGGUCUCCUCGGUUGCGGUCAUAGAGACGGUCGUUGCUGACUCGCCAUAUGGACCGGUCAGACUGCAAGUUAGAGGGUU